UUUCUUCGAAACGAGGUCGUUUUGGGUUGGUUUCGACGUUUUGUUAUGGUAGGACUUGGCGGCGACUGAGAGAGUCUGAAGAACUGAAAUCAGCGAAAGAGGGAAAUGGCGGUAGAGAGCUAUGUGGUGGUGCACAACAUAGCCAAGAGGCACAACGUCGGCACACUCGCCCGAAGCGCCACCGCCUUCGGCGUCUCUGAGCUCAUCUUGGUCGGCCGCAGAGAGUUCAACGCCUUCGGCAGCCAUGGCUCGACCUCGCACCUUCGCUUUCGCCACUUCCACUCCCUCCAAGACGCUCGUCUCUUUCUCAAGGAGAGAGAUUGUGAUAUUUGCGGCGUUGAGAUCACUGAUGAUGCUCUGCCUGUCAAUCACCACCCUUUUACCAAGAGCACCGCUUUUCUUCUUGGCAAUGAGGGAACAGGCCUUUCUGCCAAAGAAUUGGAGAUAUGUGACUUCUUUGUGUAUAUUCCACAGUAUGGAGGUGGUACCGCUUCAUUGAAUGUAACGGUGGCAGCUUCUAUUGUGUUGCAUCAGUUUGGAGUCUGGGCUGGCUUCCCUGAGAGAACUCGUGAUGGGAACAAGUUUAUUGUGGCAGAGAAACCUGUAAAACAGACAAGACGGAGUUUUUGUGCAGAAACAGCAGAUUCCGUAAUUGAAGAGCGAAAAUGUAGAAAAGAACAUGCAUCUAAUGGUUUCUUUGAUGAGAGUGGAAAUGAGAAUUCAUCUUCUAACCUUCUAGAUGGAUUGUUUGCUGAUGUGAGAUUAUAAUACCUUUGGCAUCAUUGACGCUGAAAAUGGUAUGGAUUGCUAGUAUAAACUCCUCAACUGUUGCAAACAAAACAAAAGGAACAGUUUCUGACUUUAUGUACGAUCUGCAACAUGCAGAAGACCCAAUUUCUUGUAGAAUGUAUUGUUAGUGGCAAGGAUUUUGUUCAAAGUAUUAUAAUUUGAAGGAAUGUGUUUAGAGUUACUGCAAUUUGUAUGAUGACCACAGACGUAAACUAAACUAUUAGAAGUCUGCUUUGGUUUGUGCUUGAUGCAAAAUGUAAGGGUAUGUAUGGCAUGGAUUUCGUUUUCCACAUGUAGACCUUAUUUUAUUUUAUUUUAUUCAAUAUUGAAUGGACUUUUAUUA